AUGGCCUCUUCUUCGUCCACGACCUCUCUUCACGUUCAAGUAUCAGUUUGUGGUUGUAAUAGAAGCAUGAAAAUGUAUAUGUCAAAUUCUGUUGAAAACCCUAAAAGAAGAUUUUGGAAGUGUCAAAAUUCAGGGUUAAUGUCUGGUUGCAAGUUGUUCAUUUGGGACGAUGAGCUUGAACGAAAUUCAACUAGUGAUCUUAGAAGUUCAAGUGGUUGCAACUGCUCGAAAAUGUUAAAGGAUUUAGGGUCAAUUGUUAAAGAGAUUGAGAUUGGAAAAAAGGCAAAGAUGAAGAUUAAGUUGGAGAAGGAGAAGAGGAAAGCGUCUCUGUUGAAGCUAUUGUUGGUUGUGUCAUGA